CAAUGAUUGCCUCUCUUACCUAAAUAGAAGAUUCAAACAACAAUACAUUUUAUAAUUCCUUAAAAAGAAACUCGAAAUCUGUAACAUUCGAAAAAGUCCCAAAACAUUAACGAACAUCAACUUGUGGAUCAGGAAGUACUAUGGAUGAAGAAUAUAAUGAAUCAUGUCUUAGCAGUAGUAGAAUGGAUGAAGAAUUAAGCAAUCCCUAAUUCAUUAGCAAUUAUAGAAAGGAUAUAUUUCUAUACAUUUUAGAAGAAUAAGUAAAUCAAUUAAACUAUUCAUUUAGAGUAACUACUUACCUAACUCUUGCUUUAUGGAACAAACCUAAAAAGAUAUCAAUUAAAAAAUGAGGUCCAUCCUUAUCGACUGGAUUGAAGAAGUUCACAUGAAAUUCAAACUUGUAAUUUGUUUCAUUUAAUAUUCUCUAGUCUCCAAAUAGUUUAUAUCUAGCCAUUAAUUUAAUAGAUAGAUAUCUAAGUAUUAACAUCGUAAAGAGAAAUAAACUAUAAUUGGUUGGUGUUGCAUCCCUCUUCAUAGCAUCCAAAUUUGAAGAAAUCUAUCCUCCAAAUAUUAAAGACUUUGUAUAUGUUUGUGACAGAGCUUACACAAAGGAAGAGAUAUUAUAAAUGGAAGGAUCUAUUUUGAAUACUGUUAAUUUUUCAUUAAACUACAUAAGUCCACUAAGAUUUUUAGAAUUUACUAUUAUCGAAAACACUUAAAUUGAAGACAAUAAAGUAUUUCAAACCUAACAAUUUCAAUUAUCAUCCUAUAUACUUGAGAUUGCCUUACAUAGUUAUGAAAGUCUUCAAUAUAUGCCUUCAUAACUGGCUUAGUCGGCAUUACUCUUGUCUAAUAAAAUAUUAGGAAUACAAUCUGAUAUGGAAAUAACAGAUGAAUCAAAAUAUUGUGCCACUUAUUUAUUAUAGCUUUACUACAACAACUAAAAUAAUACUUUAUAUCCAGCUGUGAAGAGAAAAUAUGCUAGAGAAGAGCAUUUGUAAGUCUCAUAAAUCACAAUUUCAAUUUGA